CCGCGCGUGGGGCCCCUCGGCAACCGGCACAACACAACAAAAUGGCCUCCGCGCCGCCGGGCGCCUGACGGGAAAGACCCGUGCUUCUCCGCCUCGCCUCAUCCCGCGGGGCUGCUCGGUUCGGUUCUUGGACGGUUUUGAUGGCCACCUGGCUUUACUCUUGCAAUGAAGAAAGGUUCUCAACAAAAAAAAUUCUCCAAAGCAAAGAGGCCACCAUCAUCUCACCCUCCCAGCCCAUCUCUUACAUCCAAUAUGAGAUCUAGGUCGCUUUCACCUUUGAUUGGAUCAGAGACUCUGCCUUUUCAUUCUGAAGGACAGUGGUGUGAGCAAGUCAAGUUUACAGAUGAACCCAAUGUGAUUUUGGGCUGCCAAGACCAUAAAGGAGCUGAUUCAAGAGUAGGAGUUCGAUAUAUCACAGAGGCCCUCAUUAAAAAACUCUCUAAGGAAGACAAUUUGGCUUUGGUAAAGUCUCUCAACCUUUCACUUUCUAAAGAUGGCGGCAAGAAGUUUAGGUAUAUUGAGAAUUUGGAAAAAUGUGUUAAACUUGAAGUACUGAAUCUCAGCUAUAAUUUAAUAGAGAAGAUUGAGAAGGUGGACAAGCUCUUAAAAUUACGUGAACUCAACUUAUCAUAUAACAAAAUCAGCAAAAUUGAAGGCAUAGAGAAUAUGUGUAAUCUUCAGAAGCUAAACCUUGCAGGAAAUGAGAUUGAGCAUAUUCCAGUAUGGCUAGGAAAGAAGUUGAAAUCUUUGCGAGUCCUCAAUCUGAAAGGCAACAAGAUAUCAUCACUUCAGGAUGUCAGCAAGUUGAAACCACUUCAAGAUUUGACUUCUCUGAUAUUAGUUGAAAAUCCAGUCGUGACCCUUCCUCACUAUCUCCAGUUUACCAUUUUCCACCUGCGUUCGCUGGAAAGUUUGGAAGGUCAGCCAGUAACUACUCAGGACAGGGAGGAGGCUUUUGAGAGAUUCAGUUUAGAAGAGGUAGAAAGACUGGAAAGAGACCUAGAAAAGAAGAUGAUGGAAACUGAAGAGCUUAAGAGCAAACAAAUAAGAUUCCUUGAGGAAAUUAAAAAUCAAGAUAAAUUAAACAAAUCAUUAAAAGAAGAAGCAAUAUUACAGAAACAGAGCUGCGAGGAGCUAGAAAUUGACCUAAACAUGAAAAAUGAAUUGCUAAAACAGAAGACCAUGGAACUAACACGAGCAUGUCAGAAGCAGUAUGAGCUCGAACAGGAAUUGGCUUUUUAUAAAAUUGAUGCUAAAUUUGAGCCACUAAAUUAUUAUCCAUCAGAGUAUGCUGAAAUUGAUAAAGUUCCAGAUGAAAGCCCUUACAUUGGCAAAUCCAGAUACAAGAGAAAUAUGUUUGCCACAGAAACUUUCAUUAUCAGUAAUGCCCAGGCAGUACAGAUCAAGAAGAUAGGACCAAAUGAAGGAGAACAACUUAGAAAUGCACAAGAGAACUUGAGAGCCCAUGCACCACUGGACACACAACUGGAAGAUAAAGAAAGAAAAAUAAAUGCAGCACAAACUCGACUGUCAGAACUACAUGAUGAAAUAGAAGAGGCAGAACAAAAAAUUUUAAGAGCUACUGAAGAAUUUAAACAACUGGAAGAAGCUAUACAACGGAAAAAAAUUUCAGAAGCAGAAAAAGACCUUCUUUUCAAGCAGUUGAGUGGUAGAAUACAACUUCUAAAUAAAUUACGCCAGGAAACUCUGGAUCUAGAAAUGCAGAUGGAAAAGCAGCGACAAGAAAUUGCUGAAAAGGAGAAGGAGAUCAAGGACCUGCAAAUAGCCAUAGAUACCCUGGAUUCCAAAGACCCAAAACAUUCCCAUAUGAAGGCUCAGAAAAGGGGUAAAGAACAACAGCUUGACAUUAUGAACAAGCAGUACAAACAGCUUGAAAGCCGUUUGGAUGAAAUACUUUCUAGAAUUGCUAAGGAGACUGAAGAGAUUAAGGACCUUGAAGAGCAACUUACUGAAGGCCAGAUAGCAGCAAAUGAAGCUCUGAAGAAGGAUUUAGAAGGUGUCAUCAGUGGAUUGCAGGAAUAUCUGGGAACCAUCAAAGACCAGGCAACUCAAGCCCAAAAUGAAUGUAGAAAGCUACAGGAUGAGAAAGAGACAUUGCUACAGAGGUUGACUGAAGUCAAGCAGGAGAGGGAUGAACUGGAAGUAGUUGCUAUGGAUGCAGAAAAUAUGAGAAAGGAGCUUGCAGAGCUAGAAAGUGCCCUCCAGGAACAGCAUGAAGUGAAUGCAUCCUUGCAGCAGACUCAAGGAGAUCUCAGUGCCUAUGAAGCUGAGCUGGAGGCUCAGCUAAAACUAAGAGAUGCUGAAGCCAACCAGCUCAAGGAAGAGUUGGAAAAACUCUCAAGGCUUACUCAGUUAGAACAAUCAACACUUCAAGCAGAACUUGAGAAGGAAAGACAAUCUCUCAAGAAUGCCCUUGGAAAAGCCCAUUUCUCAGAAGAAAAGGAACGAGAGAACAGUGAACUUCGCACACAGCUUAAGCAGUUGCAGGAUGAUAAUAACCUCUUAAAACAGCAGCUUAAAGAUUUCCAGAAUCACCUUAUCCAUGUGGUUGAUGGUUUGAUUCAUCCAGAAGAAGUGGCAGCUCGUGUGGAUGAGCUAAGGAGAAAACUGAAAUUAGGAGCUGGGGAAAUGAGAAUCUAUAGUUCUUCAGAUGUGUUAGGGAAAAGUCUUGCUGAUUUACAGAAAGAAUUCAAUGAAAUUCUUGAACAUUCCCAAUGGGAAAGAGAGGAAGCACAAGUUAGAGAAAGAAAACUCCAGGAAGAAAUGGUUCUGCAGCAGGAAAAACUGGUGAAUGGACAAGAGGAGUUCAGGCUAGCCUGUGAAAGAGCCCUUGAAGCACGAAUUAAUUUUGAUAAGCGACAUCACAAUGCAAGAAUCCAACAGUUGGAGAACGAAAUUCGGUAUUUGCAAGAAAAUCUAAAAAGUAUGGAAGAAAUCCAAGGCCUUACAGAUCUCCAACUUCAGGAAGCUGAUGAAGAGAAGGAGAGAAUUCUGGCUCAACUCCAAGAAUUAGAGAAAAAGAAGAAACAUGAAGAUGCCAAAUCUCAAGAGCAGUUUCUUGGUUUAGAUAAAGAGUUGAAGAGUCUGAAGAAAGCUGUGGCUGCCUCUGAUAAACUAGCUACAGCCGAGCUCACCAUUGCCAAAGACCAGUUGAAGUCCCUUCAUGGCACUGUUAUGAAAAUUAACCAGGAGAGGGCAGAGGAGUUGCAGGAAGUUGAGAGGUUCAGCAGAAAGGCAGCACGAGCCGCCAGGGACCUGACUCGAGCAGAAGCAGAGAUCGAGCUCCUGCAGAAUCUUCUCAGGGAGACAGAGGAGCAGUUUCGAACUGAAAUGGAAAAAACAGAUGUAGGUACUGGAGGAGCAAACUCAAAAGUGCUAGAAAUCGAGAAGCUAAAUGAGAUGAUGGAGAGGCAAAGGGCAGAGAUCACAAGACUGCGGGAUUUACUAGACCUCACUGGGGCUGAUAACAAAGGAGGCUUUGAAAAUGUUUUAGAAGAAAUUGCUGAACUGCGCCGUGAAGUUUCUUCCCAGAAUGAUCACAUCAGCGGCCUGGCAGGUCCUUUCAGAAGACGAGGCUGUUGGUACUUUAUGCCACCACCACCAUCAUCAAAAAUUUCCAGCCAUAGUUCCCAGGCUACCAAGGACUCUGGUGUGGGCCUCAAGUACAUGGCCUCAACUCCUUUCAGAAAACCACGGUCUGGACAAGAGGGAAAGGACAGCAGUGGACCUCCACCUGCUUCAGGAUACUGGGUCUAUUCACCAAUCAGGAGUGGGUUACAUAAAUCAUUUUCAAAUAGAGAUGGAGACAGUGAAAGAGAUAGCCAGGAAGAGAGCGGGAUGGAUGAACAAGAGGAGCCCCCAUUUGUGCCUCCUUCUGGAUACUUGAUGUAUACUGUGCUUCCUGAUGGUUCUCCUGUACCCCAGGGGAUGGCCCUGUAUGCACCACCUCCUCCCUUGCCCAACAACAGCCGACCUCUCACCCCUGGCACUGUUGUUUAUGGCCCACCUCCCGCUGGAGCCCCCACUGUUUAUGGACCACCACCCCCAGGCUUCUCCAUUCCCCUCAUCCCUAUGGGUGUUCUACAUUGCAACGUGCCAGAACAUCAUAACUUAGAGAAUGAAGUUUCUAGAUUAGAGGACAUAAUGCAGCAUUUAAAAUCAAAGCGACAGGAGGAACGGUGGAUGAGAGCAUCCAGGCAGCAGUCUGAGAAAGAAAUGGAAGAACUGCAACAUAACAUUGAUGGUCUUUUGCAAGAGAAGAAAGAAUUAGAAUGUGAAGUAGAAGAAUUACAUAGAACCAUCCAGAAUCAUCAUCAACGAAAGGACUUCAUUGAUGGAAAUGUUGAGAGUCUUAUGACUGAACUAGAAAUAGAAAAAUCAUUCAAACACCAUGAAGAUAUUGUAGAUGAAAUUGAGUGCAUAGAGAAGACCCUUCUGAAACGGCGCUCAGAACUCAGGGAAGCUGACCGACUCCUGGCAGAAGCUGAGAGUGAACUUGCCUGCACAAAAGAGAAGACAAAAAAUGCUGUUGAAAAGUUCACUGAGGCCAAGAGAAAUUUAUUGCAAAUUGAAUCAGAUGCUGAGGAAUUAGAAAGGAGAGCACAGGAAACUGCUGUUAACCUUGUGAAAGCCGAUCAGCAGCUGAGAUUGCUCCAAGCUGAUACUGAGGAUUUGGAGCAGCACAAAAUUAAGCAAGAAGAAAUCUUGAAAGAAGUAAACAAAGUUGUAGUAGCAAAAGAUGCAGACUUCCAGUGUUUAAACAAGAAGAAGGAAAAGCUAACAGAAGAGCUUCAGAACCUUCAAAAAGACAUUGAGGCAGCAGAACACAAUGAGCAUCACCACCUGCAGGUCCUUAAAGAAUCUGAGACCCUCCUUGAAGCCAAGAGAGCCGAGCUGGAAAAGCUCAAAAGCCAGGUGACAAGUCAGCAGCAGGAGAUGGCUAUCUUGGACAAGCAGUUAGGGCAUAAAAAGGAGGAGCUGCAGCUACUCCAAGAAAGCAUGGUCCAGGCAAAAGCUGAUCUCCAAGAAGCCCUGAGUCUGGGAGAAACUGAAGUUGCUGAGAAGUGCAGUCACAUCAGGGAAGUAAAAUUGCUUCUGGAAGAACUGAGUGUUCAGAAAGGAGAACUGAAUGUCCACAUUAGUGAAAAAAAAACUCAACUUGCACUUAUAAAGCAGGAAAUUGAAAAAGAGGAAGAAAAUCUUCAGGUAGUUUUAAGGCAAAUGACUAAAUACAAAACCGAACUAAAGAACAUUUUGGACAUGUUGCAACUUGAAAACAAUGAACUACAAGAUUUGAAGCUACAGCACGACCAGAAGGUGACUGAGUUAGAGAAGACUCAGGUCGAAGUGCUAGAGGAGAAAAUGGAGUUAGAGAAUUUGCAGCAGGCAGCCCAGCAACAGAAAGAGGAAAUAGAGUGGCAGAAACAGCUCCUUGAGAGGAACAAACGGGAAGUAGAUCGAAUGACUGCUGAGAUCCAGGCAUUACAGUCAUGUGUUGAGUGUUUGAGCAAAGAAAAGGAAGAUCUCCAAGAGAAAUGUGACAGCUGGGAAAAGAAGUUGUCACAAACCAAAAGGGUUUUAGCAACUACAGAAGAAAAUAGCAAAAUGGAGCAAUCAAACUUAGAAAACUUGGAAUUGAAUGUCAUAAAACUACAGCAGGAGGUGAACCAGCUAAACAAAGACAAGCUGUCACUACUUAAGGACGUUUCAGCAGUGCAGCCACAGCUCCACGAAAAACGAGAAGCAGUGAAGUCACUACAGGAGGAACUAGCUAAUGUCCAAAACCAUUUGAACCUAGCAAAACAGGACCUACUUCAUACCACCAGUCGUCAGGAUUCACUGCUUGGUGAGCAGACCCGGCUGCAGAAGGACAUCAAUGAGUGGGUAGAGAGGUUCGAGAACUGUCAAAAAGAAGCAGAAGCUAAACAACAACAACUCCAAGCGCUUCAGAGUGAGAUCGAAGAAAACAAGCUGAAGCUAGACCAGCAAGAAAUGAUGUUUCAGAGACUCCAUAAAGAGAGAGAGAAUGAAGAAAGUAAAUUAGAAGCCAGUAAAGUAACACUGAAGGAGCAGCAGCACCAGCUGGAAAAAGAAUUAAUGGACCAGAAAAGCAAACUGAACCAGGUGCUCAUGCAGAUGUCGGUGGCAGAAGAGCGCGUGAGGACUCUGCAAGAAGAGGAGCGGUGGGGGGAGACCCUGGAGAAGACGCUCUCCCAGACCAAGCUGCAGCUUUCAGAACGGGAGCAGCAAUUAAUGGAAAAGUCGAAUGAGCUACGGGCUCUACAGAAAGAGACAGAUGCUAUGAGGGCAGACUUCAGUCUCCUGCGGAACCAGUUUUUAACAGAGAGAAAGAAAGCUGAGAAGCAGGUGGCCAGCCUGAAGGAUGCACUCCAGGUCCAGCGGAGCCAGCUGGAGAAAAACCUCCUUGAGCAAAAACAGGAGAAGAGUUGCAUGCAGAAGGAGAUGGCGACGAUGGAGCUGGUAGCCCAGGACAACCACGAGAGGGCCCGGCGCCUGAUGAAGGAGCUCACCCAAAUGCAGCAGGAAUACCUGGAGCUCAAGAAACAGAUGGCAAACCAAAAAGAUCUGGAGAGAAGACAAAUAGAAAUCAGUGAUGCAAUGAGGACACUUAAGUCUGAGGUUAAAGACGAAAUAAGAACCAGUUUGAAGAAUCUCAACCAGUUUCUUCCAGAACUACCAGAAGAUAUAACAGCUAUUUUGGAAAGAAAUGGAAACCUAGAAGGAGAGUUGGAAAGCUUAAAAGAGAACUUUCCAUUCACUGUGAAUGAGAGACCAUUUGAAGAAAAACCAAAUUUUUCCCAAGUUCACAUAACGGAUGAGCACUGGCGCGGGGAGGCACUCCGAGAGAGACUGCGGCACCGUGAAGAUCGACUCAAGGCCCAGCUUCGACGCUGUAUGUCCAAGCAAGCAGAAGUAUUAAUCAAAGGAAAGCGGCAGACGGAGGGCACUUUACAUAGUCUGAGGAGGCAAGUGGAUGCGUUAGGAGAAUUGGUCACCAGCACCUCUAUAGAUUCAACAUUGUCACCCAGUUUGUCUCACCUGGAGUCUUCGCUUGCAGAUGACUCUCACCCUGGGCAAAGUCAGGGCUCUUUCCAGGUUCUCCAAGGUCCAUCAGAACUGCCAGUCAGUUACCAACACGGAUGCCAUUAACAGCUUCCUGCUCAUAGGGAAAAGGAUGGCCCACCGGGACGAGGAGUGAUGUCUUGUGUAAAUGUAUCUGAGGACACUUUCUCCACUACCUCACUAACUUCCAAAUUGCAUUGUUGUGUGGUUUUAUCAAGAUCCAGUGAAUCAAGAUGCUGAAAGUGCACUCUACUGUGCUUUUGUACCAUUAAUGCCAAUGUUUUUGUAAACCACUUGUAUAUAUGGGAAUAGUUAGUUGUAAACAAUUUAAACCAGUUUCCUAGGUGGCUAAAACCUUUGUUUUUAAUCUUGUGGUGUGUUUUUAUAAAGACAGUGCUGACCUUAAUUGCAUUAUUUGAAUCUAUACACUGGUAAAUCUAGUUGCAAAGAAUGUACUUAACUUAAAAGCCCCUCUUCUUUUAUAUAGUUUCAAGUUAUUUUUGGAUUAACUUAAAAUCUAUUUUUCAUAUAAAAAUAAAAGAUACACUCAACUUGGGUCUGUCAUCUAAAUUUCACAGAUCUGUGACAUCUAAAAGCCAUCAAAUUUUGCCUUAUUUCCAAGAAAAUGACAAUCUUCUAGUUGGUUUUACUAUCCCUUACCUGGAAGUAGGUUCUAUUUCCCAAUGAAUGUUUCUUGAUUCAAAAAUAAUAUAAAACCAUUAUGCUUCA